AUGAUUGAGCACGCGCCGACCGGCGCGGAUAUCCGCGUCGACGUCGACCGCGCGCUGCCUCCCGUGCGAGGGCUGCCCCGCGUGCCCUCGCACGGGGCGCUCCCUCACGAGAAAGUGAGCCCCGGGGAGAGUCCGACACGCGUGGGCGACGGGAUCCAGAUCACCCUCGAUGGACUCGGAUGCCUCAUCCCCGCGCGCCGAGGCCGCGACGAUCGCUACACCGAGCGCGCCGCGAAGCUGCCAACCGUCGACGAGGUCCCGGGCAAAGCCGGCGGCGGCGGCAAGAAGUUCAAAACGCUGCUCUCCAACGUCACCGGAACGAUCUACUCGGGCGACAUGUGCGCCGUCAUGGGCCCGAGCGGCGCCGGCAAGACCACGCUCCUCGACAUCAUCAGCCGGCGCAAGACAGAGGGCAAGAUCCUCGGGAAGAACUACUUCGACGGCGCAGAGCCGUCCAAGAGCAUGGUCAAGAAGUACACGGCCUACAUCCAGCAGCAGGACUGCUUCUUCGGCGGGGCCACCGUGUCGGAGACGAUCCUAUUCGCUGCCAUGGCCAAGCUCCCGCCCGGGGACCCCGCCGAGAAGCACGCCAAGGUUGCCGAGGUCAUAGCGCAGCUCAACCUGCAGCGCUGCGCCAACACGUACAUGGGCAACAGGCUGAUCCGCGGCGUCAGCGGCGGCGAGAUGAAGCGCACCGCCGUCGCGUGCGCGCUCCUAUGUUCCCCGCGGUGCAUGUUCCUCGACGAGCCCACCAGCGGCCUCGACUCCGCGAUGGCGCAGGAGGUCAUCUGCAACCUGAGGGCGCUGCAGGUCAAGCAGGGCUGCACGUUUGUCGUCACGAUCCAUCAGCCCGCGCCCGUCGUCUUCGACGCGUUCAACCGCCUCGUCCUCCUCAACAUCGGUCGUCUGGCGUACUGGGGACCCGGACGCAGCGCCCCGCUCGAGUUCUUCGCGGCGCAGGGCUUCCCGUACCGCCAGGGCUACAACGUCGCAGAGUACCUCAUCGACACCCUCUCGCACCACGACGAGGAAACCGGCGGCGGCCACGACUUUGAGGGGUACUACGCGAGAUCCAAGCUCUGCGAGGAGAACGCCGCGACGGUCCGCGAGACCGUGGAGGCGUGCGACAGCGGCCUCGCCGUCGACAGCGGGAUCCACGCUGACGGCAAGGGCAAGAGCAAGUACGCCAACAAUCUCUCCCGCGAGCUCUGGGUGCUGCUCAGGUACAAAGGGCUGCCCCGCGCGAAGCACCCGCUGUUCAUCUCGCUGCGCGUGUUCCUCUACAUCCUCCUCGCGGCGCUGCUCUCCUCAUUCUUCUACAGUCAGGAUAGGCAGCUCACCGGCAUCUUUAACACCGUGGGUAUCCUCUUCAUCGCGGUGAUCCUCCCGUGUUUCAUGGCUCAGGUUUUCGUCGAGGAGAUGAAAUUUGACCGAGAGGUUUACACCAGGGAAUUCAACGACGCCUACUACCGCGCCGGGACGUACGUCGCCGCGAGGAUACUCACCGAGAUUCCGUACCUCUUUCUCAGCGGCGGAGCGUUCGCGGCGGUUCUGUACUGGUGCAUCGGCCUCAACGACGACUUGGAGCGGUUUGGCUUCUUCGUCCUCGCCACCUUCGUCAACUUCGCCAUCGCGAUGCUCGUGGGGUUCACCAUCGCCAGCGGCAUCGCGGGCGAGGUGGGCCCCGCGGUGGUCCUGCCCAUAUAUACCACGCUGAACAUGCUUGUUGGCGGGUUCUUCAUCCGCAAGGCCACCAUCCACGCCAUGUGGAUCUGGCUGUACUGGAUCUCGUUCCUCCAGUGGACGUGGUCCGCGAUCAUGCUCAACGAGUUCGGGGGCGAGGAGUACACCGACCACUGCGAAGACGGCGGCGGCGGGCUCAAGUCUUUCCUCGCCACCAUGCCGUUAUCGCCGCGGCAGACUCGCGCCGUGGAGCUGUACGAGUACAGCCGACGCGCCGGAGAGUGCGAAGCCGUGCUCGGCGACUCUGUUCUCGGGAGCUUCGAGCUCGGCGGCCGGGACAAGUGGGAGUGCCUCGGGUACGCCGCCUGCAGCAUCCCGGUGCUCAUCGCGCUGUUCUACGUCGGCGUGAGGUACGUGAGACACGAGAAGCGCUGA